GACAUGAGCUCUAUGCACCAGAUGAAGACCCAGCGCUCAUCCACCAUGUUGUCUGACGUGAGGCAGCUGGUCAGCAGCGGGGGCAGCGUCAAUCAACAGAAUGAUGAUGGGGUCACGCUGCUACACAUCGCCAGUGCCAGUGGUUAUAAGGAGGUGGUGUCUCUGCUGCUGGAGAAUGGGGCAGACGUCCAGGUGUCUGACAACAACUACUGGACACCCUUACAUCUGGCUGCCAAAUAUGGGCAGGUACAUAUCAUUUCCUGAUGGACACUGACUUUUGA